ACACCCUGUCCUUCCUAUUGGCCCCUUUGAUCACCAAUCACCCAGCAUCGACACCUUGCCUGGCCAUUGCGUGAUGCGGGGUCGCGCGCCGCCAUGGCUCGAUAACGGCCCGAGGAUUACAAACGCGAGAAUCCGCGACGGAGUUUGGCGCAACUUAGUUCCCGCGAGGCCAAGACUCUAGGGGUCGUUAUGGGGACUAGGUAGGUGGUCGGUCUUGUACAAAAGGAGGUCGUCGUAACCAUCGCUGGGAGAGUGUCUAGGUAGUCACAACAGCAGCAGACCCCCAAACCCCAAACACUAGCUCUCUACAUAUCUCCCAGCAACACUAACACCCCAUAUAUCAAAAAUGGCCACCGCCGCAGUCCAGCUCCCCUCCUCGGCCCUGAGCCUUGGCGGCGCCCCGGCGCCCACCGCCCAGCAGCUGCAGACCGCCGCCGCCAAGCCCGCGCCGCAGGCCCGCGACGUGCGCACGACGCUCAACUUCUACAAGCCCAACGCCGACGGGUCGCCGCCGCACCCGACCUACACCGACCGGCCCGAGACGUACGAUCGGCCCGUGGAGCCGCACGACAUGCUGAUCCGCGACGUGCGCGGCUCCGACGAGCGGCACACGCUCGACGGCAGCGGCUUCCAGUUCCACCGGCACGUCGCGACCGAGAAGGAGUUUGUCGACGAGGACAAGAUCAGGGGGAGCUACUACCCCGAGACGGAGCAGCUGCUCAAGGACGUCACCGGCGCCUCCCGCGUCUUCAUCUUCGACCACACCGUCCGCCGCCCAACCCCCGACGGCGCCACCACCCCCGGCGGCGCCCCACUCCGCGGCCCCAUCCAGCGCGUGCACAUCGACCAGUCCUACGCCGCCUCGCUCAGCCGCGUGCCGCACCACCUGCCGGACGAGGCCGCCACGCUCCUGCGCGGCCGCGUGCAGAUCAUCAACGUGUGGCGGCCCAUCCGGCGCGUCGACCGCGACCCGCUCGCCGUGGCCGAGGCCCGCAGCGUGCGCGAGGAGGACCUGGUCCCCACGGGCCUCAUCUACCCUACCCGCAAGGGGGAGACGCUCCAGGUCCGAUUCGACGAGGGGCAGAGGUGGUUCUAUAAGAGCGCCAUGGCGCCGGACGAGGUUCUGCUCAUCAAGUGCUUCGACUCAAAGGUGGACGGGCGCGCCAGGCGCGUGCCGCACACGGCGUUUGCGGACCCGGACGCGCCCGCCGACGCGCCGGCGAGGGAGAGCCUCGAGGUGCGCGCGCUGGUGUUCCACCCCGAGGACACGGAGUGAGAGGGGUGUUUUUGAUAAGGGGGGACGAAUAGGUCGGUAUAGGUUGGGGCGUACUAUAUCUGAUUAGGUAGAUUGGCAUAACAAGUUUCAUAGCUACACCUCCCAGACCGCCAGCAAAACUCUUGAAGUGAACCUGUAC